AUGGAUGAUGAUAUCGUUGAUCUCCUGGUUGUUUCAAGCGUUACUGGAAUCGGCUUUAUAGCUUUAAUAUAUUUUGUCACUAAGACUUAUUCUAACAAAAUUAAGAAGCGUUUGCUGUGUUUUGAAGACAAAACUAAACAUUUUAUCGCUAUUUCAAAUGUCGUUGUUGUACAAUGCCCAAAAUCGGUAAUCACCUUCCAGAAGUUUAGUGAAGCGGGUGAAGGGCACACUGAGAGCUCAGGAAAAAUUCUCAUCGACUCGAUUGAAUCUUUAAAAAAGCAGUCAACAAAACGAGGAGGAAGAGAAGUUGAAGAUAAGUUGGACAACAAGUCAUCAUUCAGUUCAUCGAAAAUGGAACGGCUGCCUUACGCUUUACUUUCAUCCAUC